AUGGAAUAAAAUUAUAUUAAACUUGUUAUAGUUGGUGAAAGCGGAGUAGGAAAAACAUAAAUUCUAAAUUCUUAUUGUUUUGGAUUGGCACCCCAAGUAGUAGAUGAUUUCACAAUAGGUUGUGAUUAUGUACUAAAGAGAGUUCUUUUGAAUGGUAAAUUCUUAAAAUUAUAAAUAUGGGAUGUAUCAGGAGCUGAAAGAGAAUCUCCUUUAAUGAAAAUAUAUUUAAAAGGAGCAUUAGGAAUUAUUUUUGUAUUUGAUGCAACAAAUGAAAUGAGUAGAUAAUAAUUAGUAAAAUGGUAGAAUGUAAUUUAUUAAUACGUUGAUGAAUAUAAUGGAAGACACAUUCCAUUCUUGAUUGUUUAAAAUAAAAUGGAUUUGAUUCAAUAAUAUGAUGAAUAAAAUUCACAAUAAUUUCUUUAAUAAUUUUGUUAAACAUUUGGUUUCUUUGAUGGAGUAUAAUGUUCAGCAUAUGAUAAUUAAGGUUUAAAGAAUGUAUUUGAAACAAUGGUUGAUGAAAUCAUUAGGAGAGAUUUAGUUGAAUUAUAAUUGAAAAAAAAUGAAAGUAAAAUAAGCAAACUUUAAAUAGAAGAUAAAGGAUUGAAAUUAAAAUAAAAAUCAAGAUGUUCAUGA